GUUUGCAAUGGAGAAACACUUCGUGCAAGGAACCCACCGCAAUUCGAAAAGAAUCCUCAAUACUCGAACUCGUACAUUCCAGCGGGAAUGCAGAUCAUCGCCCAUCUCACCGAGCUGAUGAAGUACGAGCUGCGGCCGACGAAACCUGGCACUUCGGGGACGUCGACCACCACGUCUAGACCGACCCCACCGCACAGACCAGGCCUCUACGCCCCAGAAUCUCCGCUAGGAAUGAACGCGUAUUUCGCGUUGAAGCGAAGCGAUCCAAGCGCAUUCGAUUUGAAAUCGUUGGAUCUGCUGGAGCUGAUGAAACGUCUGGAGCCCGGAUUCAGGAUUUCGGACGUCGAUGAUCUGCAGCUGCUGGGAUCCGGUCCGUACGCCCUCAACAACCUGGUGAACGGCCUCAACGGUGAAGACGGCGAGCAGGACGAAGACGUGCGAGUCAUCAAGUUCGUGAAUCAGUACGACGACACACACAUCGACGACGAUUUCCUCAGGCAGAAGAAGCAACCGCCGACACGAGCGUACGUCACGUUGCUUUCGCUCUACGACCUCCUCAACAAGGAGUCCAAAAAGAUAAGCCUCAACAAAUUCAACGGCUUCUCCAACAGAGUGCUGAAGGAUCUCAUUGAAGUUUCCAGUGGAACUGCAGCCUUCCAAUUGGAACACGUCCUGCGGAAGAUCGUUGACAACAGGAACACCAACGACCAGAUGAUCAUCAGCAAGAUCAACGCGAUCUUGAGCGAAAUGGAGAAGACGGACAGUUACAUGAGCAUGGCUUUAAUGUACGUCCCACCGCUCCCAUACGAAGCCUGAGCAUCGAUGAAACCUCUCU